CCACCUCUCCGUAAGGUGAAAGGUUAGCGGAAGUGUCCUCCUUUCCUUUCUGCUGGGUGCCUGCUUCUUGCUGUCGAAAUGGGCAAGUUCAUGAAACCCGGGAAAGUGGUGCUGGUCCUGGCUGGACGCUACUCCGGACGCAAAGCCGUCAUCGUGAAGAACAUUGAUGAUGGCACCUCAGACCGCCCUUACAGCCAUGCCCUGGUGGCUGGGAUUGACCGCUAUCCCCGAAAAGUGACAGCUGCCAUGGGCAAGAAGAAAAUCGCCAAGCGAUCCAAGAUCAAGUCCUUUGUGAAAGUUUAUAACUACAACCACCUCAUGCCGACAAGGUACUCUGUGGAUAUCCCUUUGGACAAGACUGUUGUCAACAAGGAUGUGUUCAGGGACCCAGCUUUGAAACGCAAGGCCAGGCGGGAGGCCAAGGUCAAGUUUGAGGAGCGAUACAAGACAGGGAAGAACAAAUGGUUUUUCCAGAAGCUUCGCUUUUAGGUGUAUUUUUGUUUUCGUCAUUAAAA